AUGCGCUUCCUUCAUUCCAAAACUCUAGAGUUCCACGAGUUUCCCAAUCACAAGGAGAUCGAGUAUGCGAUACUCUCGCACACAUGGGGCGACGAAGAAAUCCUGUUUCAAGACAUCAGCGGCUUCACUAUUCCCACGACUCCUCCCACGAUAAAGCAAAAAUCGGGAUACAAGAAAAUCGAAGCUUGCUGUGCCCAAGCUGAUAGUGACGGAUUCGAGUACGUUUGGAUAGAUACUUGCUGUAUUGACAAACGCAGUAGCGCAGAGCUGUCUGAAGCUAUCAACUCGAUGUAUCAAUGGUAUCGAGACUGCAUUGUUUGUUAUGCUUACCUGACCGACGUAACUAAUGACCUUGAGGCUGAGGCUCAGAGGGAUAAAUUCAAGGCAAGUCGGUGGUUUACUCGAGGUUGGACACUGCAAGAACUUAUCGCGCCUCAUGUUCUUGAGUUCUACGGCAAUCAGUGGUACACCCAAGGGCAGAAAGCCAGCUUAGGAACGAAGUUAAGUCUCCGGAAUGAGAUAUCAGACAUUACGGACAUUCCAUUGCCUGUGCUCAAAAACGCUCAGGAUUUGAACCGCAGAAGUAUUGCCCAGAAGAUGUCUUGGGCUGCGAGCAGGAUUACGACGAGGAUAGAGGAUAGGGCAUAUUGCUUGAUGGGUUUAUUCGACGUCCAUAUGCCCCUAUUGUAUGGCGAGGGAGAUCGAUCAUUCGUUCGACUCCAAGAAGAAAUCAUGAAUAUUUCGGACGACGAGACUAUAUUUGCUUGGAUGCCAAAUGAGGAAGACGGUUACAUCCAAGGACUAAUAGCCAACUCCCCAGCUUACUUCAAAAAUUCUGGUAACAUGCUUACAGAUCGUAAAGAAGGCAGUCAGCGCACUACACCCAUUACGGUUACCAGCUUCGGUUUGGGGUUGGAAUUAUUUCUCCCGGAAACUUUACGGAUACUGGAUGCAGCUCAAUUGGACAAACAUCCCAGGAAGUCCGCGUGGAUUAGCGCUGAUUAA